AUGAUUGCUUUACCACCUGAAGUAGAUGAAUUAACAGAUGAAAAAGGUUUUGAUGACACUGAAACUCGGAUUAGCCGUGGUUCACAUGAUUUCUACUUUGAUGUGAAAAAUAAAAUUACUGCGGUAAAAUGGAAUGAUAACAAAUGCGCUACUCUUGCGACAAAUUUUGACAUAAUUGAGCCACUAACAUCUGUUUCAAGGCGUGUAAAAGGAAAAGCUGAAAAAAAUAAAAUCGAACAGCCAUGUCUCGUAAAUAAUUAUAACAAAAACAUGGGUGGUGUUGAUUCUCCUGAUUGGCUUUUAGAGAAACAUACCAUAAAGAUUCGUGGAAAAAAAUGGUAUUGGUCAAUUUUUACCCGAACUGUAGACAUGGCUGUUGUAACUACCUGCGUUAUUUACAACAUGGUAAAUGCAGAGAAAAAGAGUUACAAAGAAAUAAGGAGACAUAUUGCACUAGCCUAUCUAAAAAAAGGCAACACAGGAGAAAAACAAAUCGGUAGAUAA